AUGAAACGAAAGCUGGAAUUGGCUGUUGGCGAUGAUUCCCUCUCGCUGUUUGAUGUACUAAACGAAGUGAGAGAGGAAGGCUAUUUAUCGGGAAAGGAGAAGGUUAAAAAGAUUGUGGAUUAUUUGGCCAAGUUUGAGCUGGCCGAAGAACAUUGUACUGAAAUUCAGUAUCCUAAAUGGAUUACACUCCAAUCUACCAAAACUUUGUUGAAUAUUUUCGAUAUUAAUCCAAACGGAAUGUAUACCUUCUUCGACAACGGAGAUGUUGAGUUGAAGGAUAAACUUUAUAGCUUAUUUUCAUUAUAUUCAAACAACCAAUUCAAAGAAUACAUGAUAGAGUUGCCUGCUGUCCAACGGUUGUUGCAGCCAUUUAGCUUCUCUGACAAGCAAGUCACUGAUUUAAUGAGCUCUAUUUCAACUCUAGUUACAACAGUCUUACGUUAUCCAGAGAACGACCUUGUUAUUAGUAGUCUUUUCAAUGCUGUGAUUAUUAACCUUUUUUCUGGACUAUCUGUCUCAGCAGUUAGUAACAAGAAAAUUAAGAUAUUAUUUAACGAACAUGCAGAAAUUACCUUAACGCCAGCGUUUAUUGGACAGGCACGAAACAUAUUCUUUUUACGAGAAGAUAAGUCAGGUGAGGAAUCGCUUUGGGAGAAAUCUGCAAUGGACUCGUUAACAACAAUACUUAUGAUGCAUAGCGUUUUGAGUGAAAACAUUCAGAAAAUGCAAACAAUCAAAGAUCUAAAGAACUGUAGCAAAGUGAUGGGAUUUGUUUCAAACAGAUCGAAUUGCCAUUUAUUUGUGUUGGAAGCACAAUAUCCAGAGCUUGAUCAAGAGACCUUUUCAAACAACGUUACUCCACAUUACUUUCUGAUCAAGCAUAGCCGUUUGACAGAAGAUACGUUCAAUGUAAAUCCUUCAGCAAAGAAACAACCUCUCCGACUUCAAAAGAUAGGCUUGAAAAAACAAUCAAAAUCUUCAAAAUCUAAGAAAAUAUGCAAUCAAAAGAUUACAGAUGUCAUUGCAAAGACUGAAGAUAGAGAAGUUUAUCAAAUAUUACACUGUUGUGUAGCAAAGAAGGUUGACAAUGAGGAGGAUUACAUUUAUAAUCUUUUGUACUCGGAGAUUGAACAUUGUAUUCACUUGCCUCGUCUUUUCACCCGAAAAGAUCAACAGGGUUUCAUCCAAAUAGAACAACUCACUUCUAUUUCGACGAUUGAAUGGAAUGAAACAGCAUUGAUGACACUUGUGAAACAUAUUUCUUGUGCUCUCAAGUUUUUACAUCGCCUCAACAUUCUUCAUAGAGAUGUAAAACCAAGUAAUAUUAUGUUUAGAAAGAAUUUUGGAACUUAUGUUUUGAUGGAUUUUGGUCUUUCUGUGCAUUUUGAGAGGGAAUGUGUUGGAGAAACACAUGCUCUGCGAAAUGUUUUAACUCGGCAUUUUAUCAAUGAGGAUGUGGGUACAGGAGAAUUCCGAGCGCCAGAAUUGAGGCAACAAACAUGCUAUGAUGAGAAGAUCGAUAUAUUUUCUCUUGGUCAGACCGUGGUUUAUCUUACUUCGAAUUUAUUUGUAGAUUCUGCAGAAAUUCUCAGCGAGGCUUAUGUACAGGAGGCAUUUAAAGAGCUUGUUAAAAGAAUGAUAAGUUUAGACCCUAAAGAAAGGCCAUCAGCUGAAAUGGUGGAAACAAUAGUGUCAAACUUGCUUUUAAACCAGACAAACAAGUCACACAGCAAGAGCACCAGCAAAGCAUCAGAUUUCUGUACACAACAUUAA